UUUUGUAGCAUACUUUAUAAUGCAAGCAUGUCUAAAACAGAUAGAACACAAACCAAUUGUUCCACUACAUUAUUUGAGCUACUUACGGAAAUGAAGAACCAUUCCAGCAUAGAACAAACAAAUAUUCAACCAAAAUCACCAUCAAACUUCUCCUCAGAAUGCUGGUUCGACGACGCAACCAUCCUAGACAUGGACUACUUUGUGAAAACACUUUCUGGAAUCAAAGCAAAAGGCGUUCGAGCUGACUUAAUCGGUUCCAUAAUCACACACUAUGCCUCCAAAUGGCUCCCUGACGUAGCCGAAAAGGGUAUAACACAAUUUGAAGAAUCACCAGAGAGUGUAACAACAUCAUGGAUGAAGAAAAGGUUCUUUGUAGAAACCUUAGUUAAUGUUCUACCACCAGAGAAAGAUUCAAUUCCAUGUAACUUUCUCCUUAGGCUAUUGAGAACAGCUAACAUGGUAGGUGUUGAUGGAAGCUAUAGACAAGAGCUAGAGAAGAGAAUUUCAUGGCAGUUAGAUCAAGCUUGUUUGAAAGAACUUGUUAUUCCUUCUUUUAGUCACACUUGUGGGACACUUUUGGAUUUUGAGCUUGUUAUUAGGCUUGUUAAGAGGUUUGUUAGUUUGGAUAAUGAAGGUGCUAAAAGUGGUGCUGCUUUGGUUAAGGUUGCUAAGUUGGUUGAUUCGUACCUUUGUGAAGCUGCUGUUGAUGCUAAUUUGAGGUUGGAUGAGUUUGUUACUCUUGCUGGUGCUCUUCCAAGUCAUGCUAGAGCUACUGAUGAUGGUUUGUAUAGAGCCAUUGAUACUUACUUAAAAGCACAUCCAAGUGUAUCAAAGCAAGAAAGGAAGGGUCUAUGCAGACUAAUAGAUUGCAGGAAACUAACACAAGAAGCAUCACUUCAUGCAGCACAAAACGAACGAUUCCCGGUAAGAGCAGUAAUACAAGUCCUUCUCUCAGAGCAAACAAAGCUCAACAGACACAAUAUCAAUCACAACAUGGAUUGGAGUGGAUCCAUAAUGAGCAUCACAAGAAGUCCAACAAAUGGAUUUGGACUAGAAGCAGUUCCAACAGCACGAUGUUUAUCAAAGCGCGAAAUGAAUGCUCAACAGAUAGAGAUAAAGAAGCUAAGGGAAGAUGUUCAUAGGUUGCAGAGUCAGUGUAAUGCAAUGCAAGUUCAGAUGGAGAGAAUGGUUGAGAAGAAGAAAGGGUUUUUUAAGUGGAGUAAGAGGUUUGGUGUGCAUGGUUUUGGUAAAGGAGAGAGUGUUUUGGAGAGAAGAGGAGAAGGUGUUGAUGGAGAUGGUGAGGUUGAGUUUGGAAGACAGACACCUGCUACUACUUCUGAUAUGAAAACUAGGUUGGUGAAUGUCAAAGGUAGGACUCCUAAUAGGUGGAGGAAAUCUAUGUCUUGAAAAUAAAUAUGGUUUUAAAUUGCGGUGGCUGGUUACACUUACGGCUGAAUCGCGAUCCUUGAUAUUGCAGGAAAUUGAGGACAAAUGCGACCAUAAUUGCAGUUACGAAUUAGGAUGAUGUUGUGGAGACCUGUGGCAUGUUUACAUCAUUGCUACAGUGCAGCCGCAGACCGCAUUUUAAAACGAUGAAGUGAAAUGAAGGUUGCAUAGCAUGGUUCAAUUAGUUUAUAGUUUUGUGUUUGUUAUAUUAAGCAAAUUAAUUAAAUUAAUGUAGUUAAUAAGUUUGUUUAUUGGUGUUAGUCUUGUGAGGAAUAAUAUGCAAAAACUCUUGUAUUUGGAAUAAACUCAAUAAAUUAAGAUGUGAAGAGAUUAUCUUA